UGCUGCUGUUACUUGACAAUAAACGCGCACGACACGCCGCGGAUCCGAUCACGCGGAUGCAGCAUCGACGUUACGCGAGAAGCCUCGCACUGCUUCGCACACGACCCACCACGACGACUGAUGGCACGUCUUACAAAAGUCUAUGGAGAAUUCAUCGUAAAGGUGUCAGGGCACUUGUUCUCUGCUGGUUGCUCCGAAAUUUCGGCAACAUGGGGAAGAAAUUCGGAAACCUUGCUAAAAUCAAUGGUAUUGUCUACUUCCGGCUCAGUCCGUACGAACAGAAAGCCUUCAAAGGAAUAAUCUCCGAAGGAGUACCAAACCUCAUUCGUCGCAUCCAAGGCAGCAUAUUCCGUGUUACACCUCCCUUCAUGCUUUCCUACUUGAUCAUGAAUUGGGCGAAAGAGAAGAACGAUGCUCUUUCUCGCAAAAAUCCCAAAGACUAUGAAAAUGACACGUGAAUGAUGUGAAUAAAGAUUUAGUUAAUAACUUAGUUUUUAUUGUGAAAUAUUAAUUUAUCUUAUCUUCAACUGUGAGAUAAAAAAAUAAAUCUUAAGGAAUUAAUAUAUGUAUACUGUGGAAA